GUGAAAAUCAGUGGUAAUUUGCACGGUCGAAUAUAUUCUAUUUCUUUCGUCUAUCCGCUUUUCUCCACAGGACUCCAAGUCAUUUCGGGAAAUGUGAUUUCCCAUCAUGUCAUGUUCAGGCUCAAGGGACUCAGAAAUCGAACUGUUGAAGUCUAUGUUUCAACCAGGGGAGGAAUUGAUUUUCGAGGAUACGGAAGGUCUAGAUUCUUGGAUGCCGGAAAAUCAGCGAACAAUUGGCUUUGUAUUGAAGCUACGUGAGGAGGUGGAACUCACUGUUCACCUGCCACCAGGAUAUCCUUCGGGUGAUUCUGCCGAUCCAGUGCUGCCUAUUGUGACCAUCCGUCUUCUCCCUUGUUCCAAGGCGACUGGAAUUAAUGAGCGUCUCCUCUCCAGCCGUUUCAACACAUGGUUGGAAGAAGUAGCUCGAACCGGUGAGCCAGUAGUAUGUUCGGCGAUCGAAUGGGUUCAGUCCGAAAUAGCAGCACAGCAACAGCGGCACGGACAACAAAAUUCGACCGAUCCAGCAAUUGAGCAGUUACCUGCGUCGGUCGAUCCACCGCGCGCAAAUGCUGGUGACUAUGAAAAGUCGAUCGUCUGCUUAUGGAUUGUCAGUCAUCAUAUACGAAGUCCCAUCAAACGACGUCUGAUCUUGGAGUGGGCAGCCGAAUUAAACCUGACCGGUUGUUGUAUGCCCGGUAGACCAGGGCUAGUGAUUGCUGAAGGUGAGGCACACAAAGCCGAUGAGUAUUGGAGUCGCUUACGCAACUUGCAAUGGAAACACAUACAGUUAAGAGAUCGGGAGGUGAUCGGUAAGGAGGGCUAUCGCUGUCGUCGGUUUCCAGACGGGUUUGAAGAACUCUUUCUUGCACAUCAAAGUCGGUUUCAAUGGUUGAAUCAACGAGGUGUUUCUUCGGAUCAGUUCAAAUUGGUGUUUGGAAUCCCCGGACGACUACCGCAAGGAGCAGAGAUCCACAGGCGUCACCACAGGGCAUGAAGAUGAUAUAUACUUGCGGUCGAAUUGGUAUGCCAAAGUGCCAAAGUGAUUAUCAUCACUGUUGUUCGAUAAAGAUUGCCGCGUUGCAUUUCGCCAUUUUGUUCUCAGGCAACCUCCAUACCAGCGAUAUAAAUGUCUGUAAGCCUACGAACAGCUGGGGCUUCCUGGCACCCUUAUUCCGUUAUUUUUUUACCUGCACGUUGCCACUACUUUCCCUUCACAAUGUUUGUUACUUCGUCUGGUUGUGAUAAAAUACAAUUUUCGUAA